AUGAGGCUUCUUAAAAGAAAAGAAAAAUCGUCAAAGAAGCUUCAGCUCUACGUCAAGAUCAAGGUGGAUCGAGCAGCAGACUUGGUUCUGGAUCCAAGUUUCAGCUGUGGAUCGGUCGACGAUGCUGCCCUGAAACAAAAACGUAGUAAAGCCAGCCCAGUUCUUGUCGCUCAGCUCAACGAUUCCAAGAAACGAACCUCCAAGCGUUCAAGGACAAACCACCCUUCAUGGGACAAUAUACUUUUACUUCCUAUGAAACUCAAUGCAUAUUCUCCAGUGGUAAAUUUCACAGUAUGGGACAGAUACAACCGAAGCAAGACAUACCUUGGCGAGUUAAGAGUAAGUUUGAGAGAUCUAUUUACUAAGGAUGGACAAUUCACACCAACAUGUGACCCGAAAUGGUAUAAACUCUACUCAAAUAGCGAAUAUCGUUCAUUUGUCACUGGCUCGGUUCUUCUUUCCUUCGAACUUGUCACCGGUAAAAAAACCAAAAAGUCCUCCAAGGGAGAGAAGGAACCAGGACGGAAACUUGAUACAGAUGCUGGCGUCGCCGUUCAGAUAAUUCCACCUUCUCGUGAGCCCACUCGAGACCUUUAUGAACAGAUGGAUCAACUAAGUCUUUCAGAUACAGAAAUUACUCCAGUCAUGACCAACUAUCAAGAACUAGAAGGCAUGUUUGAUGUAUGGCAGAAGAGUCUUGUAUACCCAGAUCCUGAUCCUGCUGUGCUAUUUCCUGACGAUCAAGGGUUUUACACAGAAGCAUCUGCUGCAGACUUGCCAAAUGGAGACAUUUCAGAUAUCGACUCAAUUCUACCAGUAUCUGCUCCUUCUUCUUUGAAUGAUGGACGCAGCAUAAACCUGGAUAAUGCUCUUAUCCCUGUAGUGGUUCCGGACUCAACAAUGCUGAGUAUUGUAGGUUCAGAUCUAUCCGAUAGCUCGAUGGUGUCGAGUGACAAUUCAAGUGCUGAGAUACCAAGUGAGAGCCAUUCGGCCAAAGACAUCAAACGCAGAUCUCGGGAGAGAAAGAAAAUGUUCAGACGAAGCCUGGACCAACGUACGAAAAAUUUCGGGUUAGCAAACCGUUCUGUGCUUGGUGUAUUAUUUCUUGAGAUUGUUUCGUGCAGCGAUCUACCUCCAUUGACUAACAUAACUCGAACCACUUUUGACAUGGAUCCAUUUGUGGUGGUCACUUUCGGGAAAAAGACAUUCAGAACAAGUUGGAAGAGGCAUACGUUAAACCCUAUCUUUAAUGAACGUCUUGCAUUCGAAGUUCUACCUCAUGAAUCCAAUUUCAAUGUGCUGUUUUCGGUACUUGACAAGGACCAUUUUUCCUUUCACGAUGAAGUCGCUGAUGGCUCGGUCCUGAUGAAAGAUAUAACUGCUAUGGCAACGGCGGCAAGCAGUGCCUUGUCUCAAAAUCCCAUGUACAUGAGUGAAGGUAAUGAGGAGUCCAUGCUGUCGUUUGUGGUGUCAGAUUCGGGCUACGAUUCCUCCACUGCCAACUCUAAUUUUGAGGUUUUGGAGGAUGACAAUAUUGUCCACCAUUUGAAGAAAAGAGGCUUCAGGCAUAAACGUAAGGUAAUACCCCUGUAUGCUGAUACUUCAAAAUUCAAAACCAUGGAUGUCAAAUUACAAAUCCACAAAGAAAAGUACCGAGAAAAGUACAAUCCUAGAUUGAAGAUACGAGUACGAUUUGAGCCGUACCUGUCAUUGAGAAAGCAGUUUUGGAAAAUUUUGUUGGAGCAGUAUGGGUUGAAUGAGGUCAAUGGCUCUUACGAUUACAUCGAGCUCAUAUCCUUUCUCGAUGCUCUUGGUUGCAAUAAUAGUGAUGAGAUUGUUUUCAAGUUCUUUGAAAACUCGGGUAAACUGGCGUGGGGAGGCGACAGGCUCAAGGACUCAGAGAUUAUCGAAGAAUUGGAAAACCAUAUUAGUGGAUCUAAAGGUGAUGAAGAUUCUCGGAUUUUUGAGAUCGAGAAAUGUCCAAUUUGUUGUCAAAAGAAAUUGAGCAAGAAAGGAGAUAACGACAUCAUCACCCAUGUGGCAAUCUGCUCUUCAAAGGACUGGAGUAUUGUCAACAAGCUUUUGGUAUCAUCCUACGUAACUCCUCAGAUUGCAACGAAGAAGUGGUUUACCAAGUUUUUGAUCAAAAUAUCGUACGGAAAAUAUUCAUUGGGUGGUAACUCGGCAAACAUUCUCGUACAAGAUAGGAUGACUGGAAUCAUUAUGGAAGAAAAGAUGGGAGUCUAUGUGAGACUAGGCAUUCGUCUUCUUUACAAAGGUUUGGAUAAAGCAAGAAAGCGUCGUGUUAGGGCUCUCUUGUAUAAAGCCAGUGUGAAACAAGGUGCCAAAUUCGACCAUCCACAUCUGAAAAAUGAUAUUGCAUCGUUUAUCAAGUUUCACAAACUUGAUUUAUCGGAUUGCUUGUAUCCAGAUAUUUCACAUUACAACACUUUCAAUGAGUUCUUUUAUCGCAAACUCAAACCAGAUGCAAGACCAAAUGAAGCUCCUAACGAAAGCAGAAUUGCUGUUUCUCCUGCGGACUCCAGAUGCACUGCCUUCGCAACUGUUGGGGAUGCUACCCAGCUAUGGAUCAAGGGUACAAACUUCUCCAUUGCAAAGCUUUUCAAUGGUAAUUUUGAGAAUUUGGAACUGACUGAUUUGUUCAAACCAGAAGCAUGUUCGCUAGCUAUAUUCCGGUUGGCUCCACAAGAUUAUCAUAGAUUUCAUUGCCCCGUCGAUGGUGUUGUGGGAAAGAUAAAGUAUAUUGAGGGUGAGUAUUACACAGUUAACCCAAUGGCAAUCAGGUCAGAGUUGGAUGUGUUUGGAGAAAAUGUGAGAGUUAUCAUUCCCAUUAAGACCCGUGAGUUUGGAACGGUGGUCAUGGUCGCCGUUGGAGCAAUGAUGGUGGGAUCCACGGUUCUAACCAAAAAUGAAGGUGAUGAAGUCAAAAGAGGAGAUGAGAUAGGCUAUUUCAAGUUUGGAGGUUCUACAGUCAUUCUUCUUGCUGAGAAGAAAAGAUUAGUCUUCGACAGUGAUAUCGUGAAAAACUCGCUGUCUUGUAUUGAGACUCUUGUUCGUGUGGGCCAGAGUAUUGGACAUGCCCCGGAGGUAGCAGAAUACAAGAGAGAUCAUGUUGAUUUCCACAAACAAACAAAGGAUUUCAAGAGACAAUUAAUCAGAGUGAUUACUGGUGGUGAUCUUUCUUCGCCAACAGAAUUGAAUAACUGGGAAGCCACCAACUUGAAGUUGAACCAGGCUGAUUUCAAUGAUUUGGGAGCCGGUAUUGAAUCGAGUUCAUCUUCGCUUGCUGGAAGUGAAGAGGAUCUGAUUGAAAGUGAAGAUAACUGA